UAAGUGUCACUUUCUUCCUCCUCUUUCCUCCUCCUCCUCCUCGAAAUCAAAUCCAUUUCUUGCUUCGCUGACCCUCCAGCCUCCAAGAUGACACCUUUUCCACGGUUUCUCUCUCUUCCCGGGCAGCACCCAUACCCUUUCUAGCUUCGCAUCUCACUCUACCCUCAGAGGAAGAGAAACCGUCGCCCAGUCCAUCCCACCAUGUUCUCAUCUCCCCUCGUGGUCUGCUUUGCACUGUUCCUCUCCCUCCCCGUGGUCUACCUCUUCUCCUCCAGCAUUCUCCCCUCCAAGGCCGCCGCCCCUGUUCCCUCCUCGCCCCUUAUCCUGCCUUCCGCCGCCGCGUCCGAUGAGCUCGAUGACCUCUCGCUGUUUCGCAGGGCAGCCACCCCGGCAGGACGCCCUCCAAAGUGCAACCGGUUGGGCCUCAAGAAGCCGCGGCCCAAGAUCGCCUUCCUCUUCCUCACGAACUCCGACCUCACCUUCGCCCCUCUGUGGGAGCGCUUCUUCAAGGGCCAUGACCACCUCUACAACAUCUACAUCCACGCCGACCCGGCCAUGAAGUCGAGCAACACCAACUCCAGCUCACGGACCAGCACCGCGUCCUCUGGCAAAAGAGUGCGGCUCACUGGUUCGCGCAAGCACAGUAACCACCUUUUGCUCUCCUGGCCUGCAAGGUCGAUAUGGGAUUCGGGAUACCGGUCUCCUGGAGGAGUUUUCGAUGGCCGAUUCAUCGUGUCGAAACGGACUGAACGGGCGACGCCAGCGCUGAUAGCGGCUGCCCGGAGGCUCCUCGCCUCCGCCCUGCUUGACGACCCGGCAAACUUCUACUUCGCCCUAGUCUCCCAACACUGCAUCCCUCUCCACUCCUUCAGCUUCAUGUACAAAACCCUCUUCGGAAACUCCCUCGAAGCCGUCCAGGCCUACAUUAACCCCUCCAAAUUCCCCAGUUUCAUCGAGAUCCUUUCUGACGAGCCGAACCUUUAUGAACGGUACACAGCUCGAGGAGAGGAUGUCAUGCUACCGGAAGUUCCUUUCGAGCAAUUCCGAGUGGGGUCUCAGUUCUUCAUGUUAACCAGGAGGCACUCUUUGCUGGCGAUCAAGGACCGGAAGCUGUGGAGGAAAUUUAGGCUGCCCUGUUUAAAUAAGGAGUCGUGUUACCCCGAAGAGCACUAUUUCCCUACGCUGCUAUCGAUGGCAGACCCGAAGGGUUGCGGCCAUUAUACGCUCACGAGGGUGAACUGGACGGGCAGUUUCGACGGGCACCCUCAUUUAUACGGGCCUGAUGAGAUCUCGCCCGACCUUGUUUACCAGUUGAGGGAGUCAGACUUGGGUUAUUCGCACUUCUUCGCAAGGAAAUUUUCGCCAGAGUCCUUGCGGCCACUGAUGGAUAUGGCCGAUGACAUCAUUUUCGGGACUGAAAUCAGCUCCUCCGGUGACUCGGAGCUGGGACAAGAUAAAUGCUUUUGUCUGGCAAUGCAAUCGAAAGAACGGUUGCCCGCCUAGUCGUGCGGGUAUAGGUACGCAUCAUCAUGAUCAUGGUCACAUAUAAAAUAUAGAGUAGUCUACUGUCGGUAUCAUUGGAUUGAAUGCUACUGUUACGACUUUGAAAGAUUAGGUUUAUGAGAGGUCGUACUCGAGCUUAGGUGGGCACAGCGAUGUGACCAUGAACUUAACCUUAUAUGUGAUGUAGCCCAUGGUAAUGAAGGGAUUGGGUUGGGACACAGUUGGGUCACCAAGAAGGAGCACCUGUCUGUAAUCUGUCCUGUGUUUGGUGUUUAAAUGUGAAAUUGUAUGUCGGUUAUAUAUAUAAAAGGACUGAAAGAUUGUGAAGUUUUAUGAGGUCAGAUGAUGGGAUUUGCCAACUUAAUUAUUAUAUAUGCAUUUCGUAUGGGAUUGUUGGCGUUGGAUUAGAGAAUCUGAUUCUGAGGCCAUCUUGUGUUUGUCCACAUGGGAAGUCUAAAGUACAAAGACAAGCUCUGCUGUUUUGCAUGCGUUUGAAAGUGACCCAAAUAGAGGAAAUGGCACUUUGCGUGUGUAUGAAUGUGUAUAUGUGUAUGGAUUGCAUAAAGUAGCAGAAAGUAGAGAAAAUGAAAGACUGCAUUUGCCUUCUGAUUGUGUUGGGUUACAAGGCAAUGAAUCAGUCUUGUUGGUCCGAAUCUGAUGAUUGUGUGUGAUUGAGUUGCGUUACAAGGCUAUGAUGAGUCACUCAGUCUAGGUCUGAAUCUGACGAUGAUGGUGGUUGUCUUUCUCACGUUAGAUCUUCUCUGCCCUGCAAACAUUCGGAUUUCAUCUGGUGCCUUUGGAAUUUAU